GUUAAUACUGUGCCUAAAAAUCGCACGUGUACUACAGUUAAUAAGGAUACCCAACCUAAAUUUAAAUCAAAUCCUGCGUCACUUGAAGAAAUAUUAUCAAGCAAGACUGCCAGUGAUGCUGACAAAAAGAGAUCUCAAACUUUAAUUGGACGCGGACUCAGGCCCAAGUCAACCGUUGGAACUGCCAAUCGUGUGACUGAUUUGUCCCGAUCUCGGAUGACUUACUCUUAUCGUGUUAAGAAGCCUUGUGAUUCAAGAGCGUCACUUUAUACUGGUGCUUUACGACUUUCCCGUACAAAUAAUAUGAAAAAGGAACCUCGAAAAUCUUUAAUUGCCAGUAAGGUAUCAUCAUCUGCUCGAACUUUUGCAACUCCUGCUCGAACUUCUGCAACUCCUGCUCGAACUUCCGCAACUCCUGCUCCUUUACUGAUGACACCUGCUCGAAGAUACCCACCAUCGAUCGCCAGGCGUAUCACUACAUCUACUACAUUUUACAUGAACAAAGGAAUAAGUGCUCAAUUAAAGCGAAUCGCCUGA